UCAAGCGGCGAUGGCGGGUGCACGCGGAAUUUGUUGCUCUCGAUGUUCAGAGAAAAUUGAUAGAUAUAAAGAUUCAAUACUUUGCGUAAAUUGUGAAAGAAGUUAUCAUAUCGAAUGUGUCAAGAUAUCAGUGGAAGAUUUCAGCCGAAUUCGUCAAGAUGGAAGUGUUAGUGAGUGGAGAUGCAAUGAUUGCUCCCAGUCAAAGAGUACAAUGGAGAUCAUGAAGCAAUCGUCAGACUCUGCUGGAUUUCUAGUUACCAAGGAAGAAUUGCUAAAUUUGAAAUUGGAGAUUGUGAGUGAUAUUACUUCAGUCUUCAAAAAUGAGUUAAAGGACUUGAGGAAAUUGGUUAAUUCGCAAAAUAAACAAAUUGCCGAUUUAAAAAAGGAGAUUGAUAAUCUCAGAAAUGAUAAAGUUGUUAUCAGAGCGGGACAUGUGGAUACUCCGUAUGUCCCACCCGCUCGGAAUGCCGUAUGUGAGUCAUUCCUAACUGAAACAGAAGGUAAACAAACCGAGCUACGAAAUUCUAACCAGAUUGUCGAUAUUGACACAUUAAAGACAGCCGAAGCGGAAAAUUCAGGUUUGACAUCAGCCAGCAAUAACAACCCAAAUAUAAACAAAGGAGAUUUGACAGAAUUUACAGAAAGAGAAGAUCUUGCAACGAAGUGGACAACAGUGACAAGAAGGGAAAGAAAAACAAAGAAAAGCAGUGAAUCUGAAUCGACUCGAAAUACAGUACAUAGGAAAACAAGAAGGAGUAUUUUAUGCACCGGAGACAAUAAACUAGACGAUAAGAUAAAAGGCGCCAUUAGGAGAAAAUGGAUUUACGUGGGAAGAAUUGCCGGUUCUGAUGUAACAGCUCAAGAUGUGAGGAACUUCCUUUCGAAUCUUCCUGGAUAUGAAACAAUUGAAAUAAAUAAAUUAACAACGAAAGGUACAAACUCGGCUUUCAGUAUUGGAGUGCCUGAAGAAACAUACAAUCUGACGGUGACUAAUCGUGAGCCCACUCGUAUAACUCCACACUCGGCCACCUGCCUUGAUAAUGUAAUAUCUAAUCUGGAGGGCACUACAACUGUCCAGGAAGAGCAUAUGGCUGAUCACUCGGGGCUUAAAUUCAUUUUUCAGAAUGGACCAUUACCUCUUGAGUCAGUAGUGAAGAAAAAGGUGAGAAUAUUUAAUGACAACACACACCAACAUUUUGAAUGUCUACUCAAGAAGGCGGACUGGUCUAGUGUUUACCUUCUGCCAGAAAAUAAUGUGGAUGAAAUGUGGAAUUCCUUUUCCGAAAUUUUCGGCAUGAUUUAUAGUAUUGCUUUUCCGGUGAGGACAGUAAACAGGUGCAAGAAAAACAAAUUUCAGAACUCUCCAGAGGUUAAAUCAUGGAAGCGGUUAGCGGAUGCUCUGUUUGUGGUUUCUAGGUAUAGACCCGACAUGAUGGAAAAUUAUAGAUAUGCAAAAUACAGAUACGAUAAAGCAAUUAUUUAUAAUAAACAAUUUCAUUAUAGGAGGAUCAUUGAUGGAGCUGAUAAUAAAUCGAGCGCAGUCUGGAAUGUCAUAAGGCAGAUAACCAAGAAGAAGAGGACAUCUGAUGCCAAACUCCCAGCGCUAAGCGAAGAAGGUAAUCUGGCGGAGGCUGCAGAUGCAUUCAAUAGAUUCUUUACGAAUCUCCCACCGAGACAAACUGGAGGCCCAGAGGUCAAUGUUAACAGCGCUAUUCCAGAACGAACACAUAAAUCCCUCUAUCUAUUCGACGUUACUGAAUCAGAAAUAUUGUCAGUUGUAAAAAAUAUGAAGAACAAGAAUAGUUGUGGUCAUGAUGGUGUCCCUAUGACUGUAAUCAAACGACAUAUUUCAAAUAUUUUAAGACCUCUUUGUUAUAUAAUCAACUGUUCUUUCAGGGGCGGCAUUUUUCCGGAUUCUUUCAAGCUAUCACUGGUUAAACCCUGUUAUAAGAAAGGUGACAUAAAUUUGCUCUCCAACUAUAGACCAAUCUGCUUAACUACAGCAUUUGCUAAGAUUUUCGAGAAAGUACUUGCCAAGCGAAUUCUGAAGUUCUUCCAAAAAUUUGAAAUUUUAUCUAGGAAACAACAUGGUUUCAUCCCGGGACGCGGCACUGAGACUGCCAUUUUCGAGGUCCUAUGGCAGAUUACACUCACUCUCGAGCGAGGAGAGAUACCAGCAGGACUCUUUGUUGACCUAUCCAAAGCAUUUGAUUAUGUUGACCAUAGACGCCUGCUAAUGAAGCUGGAGAGAUUUGGUAUUAGGGGGUUACCACUCAAGCUUUUUGAAAGCUAUCUUGGCAACAGAAGACAGGCUGUCGUUUUGGACUCGCCUGGGGGGCGGCAUAUGUCAUCUGAGGCCUCUGUUCUGGAGGGUAUCUUUCAAGGCACAAUAUUGGGGCCGAUCCUGUUUGUGGUCUAUAUCGAUGAUCUACCCACAAGGAUUCAGGAUGAGAAUUUCGUGGUUGAUAUGCCGGUGCGUCGGGAUGCUUGCUUGUUUGCGGAUGAUACAAAUGUCAUAGUGAGUGGUGACAAUAUUGAGACCCUAUCAGAAAACAUACGAGAAACAAUGCAGCGUAUUCAGGGUUGGUGCACGGAAAACAAGUUGAAUCUGAAUGCAGACAAAACCAACAUUGUCAUAUUUUCUAACAUUAGAACUAAUCUAUUAUUUCCAGAGAAGAUUACACUUGGUGAUGGUGAGGUUCCUGUUAAUCAGAAUACCAAACUGCUAGGCGUGAUGAUUGAAAGUAAUCUGGGAUGGACGUUGCACUGUGAUGCCUUAGUAUCCAGGUUGAAUUCCGUCAUUUAUACGUUCAAGAUAUUGAGAGAUCAAGUCGAUGUGGAUACCUUAAAAACGGUAUACUUCGCAAAUUUCCAGUCUCUGCUGGCUUAUGGGCUCAUAUUCUGGGGAGGUGGAUCACAGGAGGAACGUGUAUUCAUUGUACAGAAAAAGGCACUGCGGACAAUGUUUAGAAUGAGCUACAGGACAUCAUGUAGGAACAUUUUUAAAGCGCAGAAUAUUAUGACUCUUCCCGGCCUUUUUAUAUACAGAACCUUGCUUUUUAUGCACAAAAAUAAGAAUUACUUUCAGGAUUUUGAAAACACGAAUAAUACAAGGAGAAAGUUCGCAUACUUCUUUCCCACUCAUAAGUUAUCUCUCACCGAACAUAAUCCUAUGUACACAGCAAUAAAACUUUUUAACUUUCUCCCGAAACACAUAAGGGACAUUAAGGAAUACACUACUUUUCGUAAAUCACUUCACCGACUCAUCAUGAAUAUUGAACCUUAUUCGAUUUCUGAAUUUAAGUGCGCCUGUGAGCGCUGAAGCAGAUUUUCUUGUUCUCUGGAGUCUAUCAAGCUAUGUAAUGUUUUCUUUUGACUUGUUUUCUCUUUAUUGUCGUGAUGAUAAUUUGGAAAAUAAAUGCAUAUUAUUAUUA